GGAUCCGGGUCGGUUACUCUUUCAAUUAUAAGCAGUGUAGGUAAGAUUUAGGAUCCUUUCUGAUUCUCACGCUGGUGGCGAGCACGCCGGAAGGAACUGAAUUUGGAAGCAAUGGCAUCAAAAUUGGCACAGCUUCAAUCAAAGGCAUGUCAAGCUUCGAAGUUUGUGGCCAAGCAUGGGAGUUCUUACUACAGACAGUUGCUGGAGCAGAACAAGCAUUUUAUUCAGGAGCCUGCAACUGUAGAGAAGUGCAGUGAGUUGUCUAAGCAAUUGCUCUACACUCGUCUUGCUAGCAUUCCCGGGCGAUACGAGACGUUCUGGAAAGAAGUAGACUACGCAAAGACCUUACUGAAGAACAGAGCGGAUCUGAAGGUGGAACAUGCAGGGAUCGCUGCACUGUUUGGCCUUGAGUGCUUUGCUUGGUACUGCGCUGGUGAAAUCGUUGGGAGAGGAUUCACUUUCACCGGUUACUACCCUUGAAACCAACCUAGACAACAGAGUUUCACCGGAAUAUUCUUCUGACCGCUUGUAACUCCGUUCAUGUGAUUUUGCUCAUUCCCUCGAAUCCAUUUUUAUUUUCAGUCUUACUCCUGAAACAGAGUUGUGGAGCUUAGGGAAAAAAAAACCCAUUUUGGUAAAGCUCUUAAUAAGAAUUGAGAAAAUGCAUUUGAUACAAGAUUCUUCUUAGAUAUUUGUAAAAUUUUACUCGAAAAGACUAAAGUUUGGUUCGAUAUUUGAAGCAUACAAGAAUUUUAAUUUUCUCAGUUUUUAGU